CAACAAUUAUUGAAAAGUUUUUCUACGGCUAGAGAAUCCGAACUUUUUUAUGUUUAUUGUUAGAAAAGUUCCUUUAAAAAAUAAUUCAUAGUUAAAAGAAAAUUUGAGUAAAGUACUCUCUCCCUCUCCAGAUUCCUUCAAAUCCACUUAUCCAACGUAAACCCAUCUCAAGAACCUCCCAUAAAUCAAAAGAAACCCAAAUUUGAUGAAACCAUAUCGCAUUUAAUCGAUCACUGAGGGAGGAAGACUUCAUGACGGUGAUCUGAUGCAUGUGGGUAACGGCAGUGGUUGUUCACUGUCUUCCUCCAUCUGCACCUCUUAUUGCCACUAUUUUUGGUGGGUUUUAACGCUGGUCGUGGUGCCGAAGCUUCAGAAUUGUGGUGGCUGUGCUUUUUUCAGAAUUGCCGAAGGCUUCAGAAUUGUUCAGUGUCUUCCUCCAUCUGCACCUCUUCUUUUCUCAUAAGAGUCUUUAAGAGAUUUUUUCAAAGAUAUCCACAUUUACCUUUUCAUCUUACAAAACUGUUUUUUCAAGGGUUCAUCGAGAGAACUAGUUUCCACAGUUGGGGAAAAGAUGACAAUGCUUAAAAAUUUGCCUGAAAAAGUCUUAAAUUUAUGGAACAAUUGGGAGAUUCGAGGAAUGGUUUUGCUUAGUCUCUUACUACAAACCAUCCUCAUCAUAUUUGGGUCUCGGCGAAAGACCAGUGGCAGAAUCUGGAUCAGGAUUCUCGUUUGGUCUGCAUACCUAUCAGCAGACAUGGUGGCAACUGUUGCACUGGGUACUCUAGCCAGGAGCCAAGGAGAUUCAUCAGGUGACAGUUCAGAGAAAGCAAACAAUUCCAUCCAGGCAUUUUGGGCACCUUUUCUACUCCUGCACCUUGGUGGCCCGGACACAAUCACUGCAUACUCGAUUGAAGAUAACGAGUUGUGGUUAAGGCAUUUACUUGGUCUUGUCAUCCAAGUCGGGGUGGCUUUUUAUGUCUUCUCAAGGUCCUGGGAUAGCGGUAUCCUCUCAUUCAUAGCGAUCCCAAUGUUCGUUGUUGGCAUUGCAAAGUACGCAGAGAGGACUUGGGUGCUCUGGUCUUCAUGCUCCAAGAGUUUGAAAAACUCUUCUCCCAGAGAUUUUUGGCGUUCUUAUGAUCGUUCGAGAAUAUCAAAAACUCCUCCACAAGACCACCAGCGAGAUUAUCUUCUUCAAGCUUAUGUUUUUUCGUAUAUAUCCAAGUCUAUGAUGCAGGAUCUUGUCCCUGACAUUCCUUCACUAAUAAGAUGCCGGGAGCUGAUUUCAAAAAAUACAACAGACGUUGCCUUCAAGGUGGUAGAGGCUGAGCUUGGAUUGAUAUAUGAUAUGCUUUAUACUAAAGCGCCUCUGAUUUACUCCCGUGGCGGAAUCAUUCUUCGCUGUAUCAGCUCUCUGCUCUCUGUUACUGCGUUUAUUACCUUCCAGGUCAAGAUUGACAAGCAUGACUACUCAACGACCGACAUUGCAAUUACGUAUUUAUUGUUUGCGGCCGCUGUUUUUCUCGAGUUUUAUGCUUUUUUAUGCCUUGUUUUGUCUGACCGGACAAUGAUUUGGUUGACUGAAAAAGGAGGGAACGCCCUGACUGGUGCAACUUAUUCUCUGAUAAGGAAGUUACCUAGAGGCGAGAGGUGGUCGAGAUCCAUAUCACAGUAUAACCUGAAAAGCUCUUCCAUUGAAAGAGAGCCACCUAAAUUCUUGGAAUUUCUGGGAAUCGAUGAAAUGAUGAGGCAGAUGCAUGUGAAUCGGAAAGAUUUGAAUGGUAAACUAGAAGAUCUUAUUUUCAAACAUCUUCGAGAGAAAGCUCAGAAGAUUAAGCAAGAUUUGAAUGUCUGUGAUAAGAAUCACAGAAGUAAAAUAAUAGGUCAGAGGGGAGAUGGUGUGCUAGAAAGAGAGGAACUGUUACAGAACUACAAGUGGUGCACGACUGAAGUAGAAUUCAGUCGGAGCAUUCUUGUCUGGCAUCUCGCAACAGAGAUUUGUUAUCGUGCUGAUAUUAAAGACGGAAGCAAUGUCUCCACAGAAAAUGAAACAAGCAGAUGCCUAUCUGAAUACAUGAUGUAUCUUUUGGUGAUAAGACCAAAUAUGCUCUCUAAAGGAUUCGGUGAUGAUGAGGCAUAUCAAGAAACCUUGCGAGAGUUGCGGGGUCUAAAAGGUCCUUAUGAUCUAGAAUUGCGCAACAGUGAAUCACGUGGUUAUGACGAUGCAUCGUUUCAAAGGCGCUGGAAAACAGAAAAGUCAGUGCUAAUCGGUGUGGAUGUGCUCGCCAGGCAAUUGCUUUCAUUGGAAUUGAAGAAGCGAUGGGGGACGAUAAAUGAAGUUUGGGUAGAAAUGGUUGCAUACGCAGCAGCUCAUUGUCCAUGGAAAGAACAUACUCAACAACUGAGAAGAGGUGGAGAGCUACUCACUCAUGUCUCCCUUCUCAUGCUACAUCUUGGCUUGAGCGAACAGUACGAAUAUAAAAGAUUAGGCGAGCUCAUUUCUUAUUUGAAAGAGGAGGAGUAUGAAGAAUAUCGCAAGGCUGAACGAAAAUAUGUGCGCGGUAUUGGAGCCAGGUCAAUGUAUGAGGAGCAGCUAGAAGAAAAUCACGAGGCUAGAGACAAUUAUUUGGAAGGUAUUGCAGCCAUGUCAGGGUCGAGCCCUGAUGAGAGUUUGAAAUACUCGAAAAGAUGGCGGCAGAUACAGAGCAUGAUCUUGAGCGUAAAAAGUGAGAGCAUGAACGCGAAGAGCAAGUGCUUAAGGUGCUUGACCGCGAAGAGCUAGUGCUUGAGCGCAAAGAGUGAGUGCUUGAGUACAACAAGCGAGAGGUUGACCAAUUGAGAUCUUAUUUAACAGCAUCAGCUCCACAGCAAGGAAUUGAUUUACUUCCAAGAAGUUUGCCAGCACAAUCCGAUGAUGAGAUCAGUUUAAUUAUUUAAGUGAAUUAACUAAAAUAAGUUCGUACUGGCAAUAGUAUUGUUGGGCUUCAUCUUACAUGCAUGUAUUGAAAAAAUUGCAUUGAUGACCAUCUUCUUACAGAGUCAAUUCUUGUCUUGUUACUGUUAAUGGAAGAGCCACAACAUCAUCAAGUGCUUAUGAUGACCCAUUCAGCUUCUUAGAUUA